GAGAACUGCACAAGAGCUAGGAUGCUAACAGCUUCUCAGCAUUGACACAGUUUCAUUCACAGUUACAGUUUCACAUUUAACCGAGUGGAGAAGACCACCGACUAUUUCUGAGGUUGGAGCUGAGGAUGUAGCUAACUGUGGGGCAUCAGAAAGCUCUUGUCUUCAGAUAAAAAGAAAGAAAAGGGACCCCUCCCUUCAACCCUCUGCUUCCCCAGCCCUGGAGCAGCUGGACCCAAACCCAGGCUGCCCGGUGCCCGGCUCGGCCGUCCUGUCAGUCUGUCCCCACUGUGCCCAACCAUGCUGUUCUCCCUGAAGGAACUGGUGCAGUGGCUUGGCUUUGCUACCUUUGAACUUUUCCUCCACCUGCUAGCUUUGCUGGUCUUCACCAUGCUGGUUGCUCUUCGGGCUGACGAGUUCAUCCCCAAAUCUAGCUGGUGGUUUGUGUUUGUGCCACUGUUUGCUGCGGACGGCCUGAGCACCUACUUCACAGCGAUCGUGUCUAUCCGACUUUACCAACAGAAUGAGAAGCGCCUGGCGGUGCUGCGGCUGCUCUGGGUGCUCACGGUGCUCAGCCUGAAGUUGGUGUGUGAGGUUUUACUGUGCCAGAAGCUGGCUGAACAGGAACAAGCCAGAGAUCUCUGGUAUGGUCUCAUUGUUUCACCACUCUUCAUCCUGCUGCAGCUGCUGAUGAUACGAGCAUGCAGGGUCAACUAAGGACAGAUGGUUUCACUGGAAAGUGCUUUCACGUCACUGACGAUAUAGGAGCAGAGUGCAGUCUUUGUCUGCCAUUAGAGAUUUAAAGCAUUAAAUGGGUGUCUUUUUUUUUUUUUUUUUUGCUCUUUAAGGAAAAUAAUUUUCCGAUAAUUGAGUUUCAUAUGGCUUCAAGACAACCAAGAAUCUUCCUUGCCCACUUCAGUUAUUAUUAUACAGUACAGUACUUGAUAUUUGUGUUGAAUAAAUUGUUGCAAUUUAUUCCAAGGCCAUUUUUAUCUGGAUAAAUGACCACUGUAAGUUGUUGUGGGACCUCUACAAAUGGUAGAACUUGUCAGAUGUGUGUAUGGAACAUAGUAGUAUCUCCAUAUUGUACAAUCAAUGGGGCAUAAUGGGUAUAUCAGUUUUAAUGCACAUGUACACAAAACAUGUACAUUUAAUAAACUGGUGAAACCUGAAGGAAAUAUUGCCUCAGGCAAAUCUCCUGGGUUAGGAAUCAUUAAGGGGCUGCUGCAGCCUUUGCUACUUGCCAGCUGAAGGUGUAUUAUCUUGUUUCUCAAUGUGCUGCUGGUCGCUGGGAGUGUUGCUCAUGCAAAAUUGUUCUCAAGUCACUGCAUUUGUUGGUUCCCAUCAGCGAGUACAUUCUGCACUGAAAGAAGGUGAUUGACACCCGUCAGCUCACAGUCCGGUUCCAGUCCAGUAACUGAAUGUGUUUUUCCAUGAGCAGUAGAUUGUUGUACACACAUAUUCCCUAAAAGAAAUGUUUAUUUUCACAAUGUGUAAUGUAUUUUUAUCCAUUCUUGAUCCUGCCUUGUGUAUGUACUGCAUGUAUUUAUGGCCUAGUUUUUUAAUUUAAAUCCUGAUGUGAAAUUCUGCUUAAUUUGUUUGUAUUUUGGAAAGGAAAUUUGCAAACACCUAUUUAUGUUUUUGCUACGGCACAUUUGUUGUCACAUGUACAUACAUGUAAAUUAAAUAAAAAAUGUAAACAA